CGGCGCCAGAAAUAACACUGACCACUGUAAAGCCUGACAAUGUGGUCAAAUGGAAAAUGAAUCAGCUGGACAGGAACCAAAAUGGACGAUUGGAACGGAAAGAACUCAGAAAAUUUAAAAAAGACUUACGUAAACGGAAGAAAAAAUCUCGCAAAUGCGGACGUAAUUUCUUGCGCUACUGUGAUGAAGACCAGGACAAAAUAAUAACAUUAGCGGAAUUCAUCGAUUGUAUGGGAGUAAAUCGUAAUUACCACAGCAUGACUGUCCACAGCCACAGGCGUGGUGAAAACCCGCUCAGAAAAUACCUAAUAGAUGACUAAAGAGUAAAACGCGCACAGAAUCAAAAGACAAUGGACGCCAUUUUAUUAUCACAAAAACAAAAUGGACGCUGAGACGUGUGUAGUUUUUUUUAUAAAUUUUAGACAAAAAAAUACAAAUGCUUCAAUGGUAACUUUUGUCUCAACAAGAACACAUUACCAAUUCCAUAUGCAUUACAACUGAAGAACAAAUCUUGAAAAAAAACCAAGAUGAACCAAAAACACAAAUGAUAAAUAAUAAUAUGAAAUAUUCAAACUGUGGCUAAAGAAAAUGGCAAUUAAAAUAAAGAGAGAUAUGUUUAAAAGCAAAUAUAAAAAUAUAUAAACGAUUGGAAGGAGGCAACAAAAGACGUAAACCAG